GUACAUAAUAUAUCGAAAAGCAUCGAGUGUGAUCUGUUUUUCUUGUUGGUCGAUUACUAGAAUAAUCUACGGUAUCAAUCAAGACACUAACGAAUCUCAAUUAGUGUCAUCAGGAAUCGCUUAAUGGAAGGUGUUCCUCUUGAUUAAAGGUGGCACCUCCGUCAAACUCGAAAUCGCGAUACCCCACGAACAUAUUUUGUAUUAAUCUAUAUGGUAAAUUUCACGUUGAAGUAUACAGUCGUUAACAGGGGAUUCGUCAUUGUUUGUAUAAACGAAAAGUACAACAUCGCGCGCGGAACAUGGACGAAUAUGCAAUACGUGAGUUCCAUCGGGACUCCUAAGGAUUAAUCGUAAGACACCACCGGAAGCCAACGAUAUGUGACGAGUUGUUAAAUUUCGAUAUACUUUUGUCUGUUGUAACCUUCAUCGCAUAUUGCCUGAUCAGGAUUUAAGGUCACUUGACGAUGUUUGAAAGCGACAUUGACAACUGGUAUGAUUGGAAGAAAGAUGAUGACGUUGUUAAUGAGAUACACGCCGUAAAAAAUGCCGAGGCUAUAAACGGUGUAUGUAUGAUAAAUUCCGAUCGUUCGAAAAAUUUCAUGCCUAAUGAUGGCCAAGGGAAAACCUCUCGAAGCAACGGGAUGAUUCGCUGUGGUGCAAUUCCUACUAGUUCCAGAUCUGGUACCGAAGUUCGAUUCAUCAAUCCGGCAAUUUAUGCAGAGACCUUAAAUAACGAGGAUGUAGAACACGAGGUUGAAAUUCGAGUGAGAGUCAAUUCGAAAAACGAUGGACGCCACGUACCUAAUUGCGGUGAUUCCGCGGAAAUGAACGAUAUGAUGUCCACACUGUCUAUUAACAAUGGUCUGGCCGCUUCGUUUAUGAAUCAUGCCGGUGAUCAAGGUUCAGCUCAAGAAACGUAUCGUUGUUAUUCCUUAAAUUCACCGACCACAUCCGCAUCCUUACAGUCCGAUAUCGCUCGUUCCAAGUCUGUGACUUCGUAUACACCUUUGAAUCGAAUCGAGAGACGAUGUAGGAUUCCUGAUGAAGCGGACGAUAAGUACGAACUUCGGCAAGUCGAAUCGGAAGUGCAAAGAUACACGUUUAAUGGACAUAGGAUCGUACAAGUUUCUACCUCAUCGGUAUCCAGUAUCAGAAUAUCGGAGAAAAAAUCGAACGAAUCGUAUCUUGCCAAGAAGAUCACUUACAGCGAGUGGAUACGAAGAAAGCAAGAAAUGGCGCGGCGAAAGAAGGAGGAGGAAGAACAGGCUCAGAGACAGAAGCAAAUAGAGGCGGAAAAACUGGCUCGUGAAAAGGAAGAAAGAGAAUUCCGAGAGAAAGAGAAUUUCUUAAAAUGGUCCGAGAAGAAGAAAAAGGAAGAGGAGAAGAAGAAAGCUGUUAUCGAGAAAGAAUUGACGUUACAGAAACAACUAAAAGAGGUCGAGGAUAAAGCUGCUGUUGUGAAAACUCUAUAUCUUCGUCAAUGGGCACGUAAAAAGAAGGAAGAAGAAAAAGCACGUCAAAAGAAAGAGGAAAUGAAACGAAAACAACUCGAAGAAGAGAGGAAAAAGAGAUUAGAGGAGAGCACGAAAGCUUAUGAAAAUUGGCGCAAGAUGGCGAAGAAUAAACCGAAGCCUGCCACGCAAGGACUUUUACCUCAUCAAAAAGCUAAACCAGCAUACGUGAAUCCUACGCCAUGGCAGCGAAUCAUCGACGACACCGAGGACGUCGAGGAAGAUGCAUUCAAUGUUGGUAGAAAAACACAGAGUCAGCUGAAGAUUAGCAGUAAGAGAAAUGCAACAUCUUUUCAGUGAUUAAAAUCGUCGUAUAAUUGGAACUUGGGAAAUUUGUAUGGUUUGAAGAAUGAUCAUAUGGUUAAAUACUUCUAUUGCCUCGAAGUAAAAUAGAAUUAUAGAGAAGUGAUGGAUGAAACAAAGAAUAUCAUUAUACUUACUUUGGAUCGCAGAUUCGUGUACGUUCGUAGGAUAUCCUUGUGCAGGAUAUACCGUACAAUUGGAAUGAUAUUACACGCAUUACGGCAUAGUAGAUAUUCUGAUAAAAAAUAAUUAUAUUUUCUAGCAAAUAUUCUUUGAUACAUACACAUUUUCACGUUCGUCUUCUAUGAUGAAUAUUAACAAUGAAUAUUAACAUAUAUAUCUGAAGCUAAUCGCGAACAGCGUUCUUCGACCAAUAUUUAGAUGCAUUAAGACAACGAAGGAGAAAAUUAUCUCCUUUGCCUUCAUUUUUAUCUACUUGAAGAUUUGUAGAUAGUAAAAAAAAAAAAAAAAAAAAAAAAAAA